CAGUAUAAAAGUUGCCGUCCAUCCGCUGCCUACACUCUCUGGAUUCAACACCAAGAAUUUCUGCCUGGACUCAGUCGGAGGUGAUAAAGUGCAUAACGAUGACCGACCUGGAGACUUCCAUGGCUACCAUCAUCGCCGUGUUCCAGAAAUACUCGGAAAGAGAAGGAGACAAACGCAAACUGAAGAAGAGCGAACUGAAGGAUCUGCUCCACGACGAGCUGCCAGACCUGAUGGCGCAUGUGAAAGACCAGGCCACGAUGGACAGCCUGAUGGAGAGUCUGGACUCCGACGGCGACGCUGAGUGCGACUUCCAGGAGUUCAUGACAUUCAUCUCCUCAGUAACCAUCUCUUGCCAUGAGUUCUUCGAGCACGAGGACGAGUAG